AUGGAAGCAUCUGAAGGGAAGGGAAGUAUGAGGAGGAGGAGGAGGCUAUUCCUUUUCCUCAACUACAUUAUGAUGUGCAUCGGCGGCAACGGUGGCGGCCCUCUCCUCCUCCGACUCUACUUCAUCCGCGGCGGCGACAGAAUAUGCACAACAACAACAACAACCGCAAGCUUUUUCACGAUUACUCAGAACAUAAUUUUUUCCGCGGCGGCCCUGGGCGUCCUGCUCGGCAGAAUCAACUACGUCUACACCUAUGGUGUCGCGAAGCUCCCAGUCUCCACAUCAUCUCUCAUCGUCGCCUCCCAGCUUGCAUUCACCGCCGACACCGUGUUCGUCUUGGUGAAGCAGCGAUUCACGGUGACUGCGGUGGUGCUGUUGACCAUCAGAGCCGAGGUGCUGGUUGUGGGGUCUAGCGGAGACCGCCCUGCCGGGGAGUCAAAAAAGGAGUACGUGGCAGUUUCUGAUGGCCCUUGUGGCGGCUUCUAA